AACAACCACAUUCGGGUCCACGCCUUUAAAACGCUGGAGGCGAUGUUGUCCAUAAAUAAAGGCUCAAUGACUGACGGCUGAACGCGUUGUGCAGCAACAGCAACAGCAGCAGCAGCAACAGCAGCAGCAACAUGGAAGAAAUGGACACUGACCACAGCACAUACCCUGAUGACGGCAGGUUAAAGACAGAGCUUGACGAGAAGAUUUUCGUCAACAGAAGUCUGACACUGGAGGACAUCAAAUGCUACGGCUUUGACAUGGACUACACUCUGGCGAUAUACAAGUCUCCAGAGUACGAGAGCAUGGGCUUCGAGCUGAUCAGAGACAGAAUGGUUUCCAUUGGUUACCCUCACGAGAUUCUGCGUUACACAUAUGACCCCAGCUUCCCCACACGUGGCUUGGUGGUGGACACCACAUAUGGGAACCUCCUGAAGGUGGACUCAAACGGGAAUAUUCUAGUCUGCAGCCACGGCUUCUCCUUCCUCAAAGGGUUAACGAUCCAGCCUGGAGCUGAGAAACAGUCGUGGCGUUCCUUCUUUGACCUGAUCGUCGUGGACACCAGGAAGCCUCUGUUCUUUGGAGAAGGGACUGUGCUGAGACAAGUGGACACGCACACAGGAAAACUUCGGAUCGGGACUUACGUGGGUGACCUUCAGAACGGGACUGUGUAUUCAGGAGGUUCCUCAGACAUCGUGACCGACCUGCUGAAUGUCAAAGGUAAAGACAUCCUCUACGUGGGGGACCACAUUUUUGGAGACAUCCUCAAAUCUAAGAAACGUCAGGGCUGGAAGACGUUCCUGGUGGUCCCAGAGCUCACCAAGGAGCUGUGUGUGUGGGAGGACAAAAAAAAUUUGUUUGAUGAACUGAAGCAUCUUGACAUCUUCUUAGCUGAACUUUACAAGCACCUGGACAGCGGCAGUCGAGAUUGUCCAGAUAUCAGCACCAUACAGAAACGGAUGAGGGCGUUGACCCAGAAAAUGGACACGGCCUACGGUCAGAUGGGCAGCCUGCUGCGCAGCGGUGCCAGGCAGACACUGUUCGCCAGUCAGCUGAUGCGUUACGCAGAUCUUUACUCGUCUACCUGCAGUAACCUGCUGCACUACCCCUUUAACUACCUCUUCCUGGCGCCUCCAGUCUUGAUGCCACACGAGGUUGGAGCCCAGUCUUUGGACUUGGCUGCAUCACAGCUCUCUUCCAACAACAACCACACCAUCAGAAACUGAGGUUUGAAUCGUCAUGAUGUCAUCGUUUGAUUUCAUUUCCUUUUUACUGUCUAUGUGUUCCAACUUCCAUUGGUCUCAUUCAAGUAUCCCCUCAAAUGUUCAUUUCAGAAAUGGACGAUGAGGAUGACAUUUACUUCAUUUACACAGGUUUCUCUAGGUGAGGAGACAACAGUUCCAGGUACUAUCCUGAGGGUCCCUGGUGCUAAACAGUCAUUGAUUCAUGGAGACCUGUCUUACUAUGGUUAUGAUAUUUUAGCAUGGAGCAUUAAACUCAGUGCAGCGUGUGUACCAAUUUUAAAUAUUAGUCCGUCUCCAGUUGCCUGUAGAAAAAAAACUUCCAUCUCCUGAAGAGUUUAAAAUUCCACUGGUGGAUGCGCACAAUUCUGAUUCUUUUGCGUCAAACUGGCCCAACUUGUUCCCCAUGUGUUGUUACAUGUGCUCAGGCACGAAAACUUGAUGACUUUGGACACUUUCAUUAAUGAUCUGGAUCCACCAAGGGCAACUGCUGAUAGUAAUUGAACUGUUUCUGUUCAGCCUUUGUCACGUGCUGUGAACAAAGACGAGCUAACUAGUACACAAAAAACACUGAUGUGACGCUGCCAUGCUCUUUAAAUACAACCUCGAGAUACGAGUGUCUCGACAUACGAG